UCACUACAAAAUGCGUUUACUUUGACUCGGCUACCCACUUUCAUUUCCCAGAUUCCGAUCGACUUCCAUGGCCGCUUCUUCUUCUUCUUCUUCUUCUUCUUCUUCCUCCUUCUCUCCCUCUCUCCCCCGUUGGAACCACGACGUCUUCAUCAGCUUCCACCCUCACGACACGCGCAAGAUCUUCGUCGGCCAUCUCCACAGAGCCCUGCAGCAGAAAGCGAUCCACACGUUCGUCGACGAUGACGAACUUCGCAACUCAGACGAUGACGACCCUUCUGUGGCUCUGCAGGCCGUGGAGGACUCGAGGGUGUCGGUCGUGGUGUUGUCGAAGCACUACGCUUCUUCCAGGUGGUGUUUACAAGAGCUGGUGAAGAUCAUGGAGUGCGUGAAAAGGUUGAAGCAGAUUGUGCUGCCUGUUUUCUAUGAAGUUGAUCGUGGUGAUAUUAGGAAGAUGGAGUCGAGUUUUGAGGAGGGUUUUGGUAAAUAUAAUAGGGAAGAUGUGCAGAGGUGGAAGUCUGCUCUGUUUGAGUUCGCCGGUUUAUCCGGCUGGGAUUCCCGAAAUUAUCGGGAUGAUGCCAAGCUUAUUGAGAAAAUUGUGGAUGAUAUUUCUAGGAAAUUGAUGCACAUUUCGUCCAGUAAAGAGAAUUGUUUGGUUGGAAUGGAUAGGCACAUAGCAGAAGUAGAUAGUAUGUUGUGUCUUGGGGUGGAUGAUGUUCGUGGUAUUGGGAUAUACGGGAUGCCUGGUAUAGGUAAAACAACCAUUGCAAGAACUGUUUAUGAUGAAAUCACUUGUCAGUUUGAACACUGUUGUUUUCUUGAAAAUGUCAAAGAUGGUUUCAAGAAUAAAGGUGCGGAGCGUCUGCAGGAAGAACUUCUAUGUAGAAUAUUGAAGAAGAAGGUGUGUAACUUAGGUGAUUUGGAUACAGGGUUCAAGAUGGUUAUGGAAAGGCUGAAUAAGAAGAAAGUUUUGCUGGUUCUUGAUGAUGUGGAAAGUUUUUCCCAGAUUGAAUCCUUACUCGGAAAACAAUGUUCAUUUGGUGGUGGAAGUAGAAUCAUUAUAACAACGAGAGAUAUACAAUCACUAAGUGGAGUGCAGGAUCGAUAUAGUCCCAGAUUGUUAAGUGAUGAUGAAGCUCUUGAGCUUUUUAUGCAGUAUGCCUUCAGGGCACACGAACCCACAAGAGAGUACAUAUCUCUCUCAAGGUGUGCCAUAGAAUAUGUUCGAGGUCUGCCUUUAGCACUUAAAGUUUUGGGAGCUUUUCUUGAUGGCAAAACUGCAUGUGAGUGGGAAGAUGAGUUAGAAAAGUUAGAGAAAAUCCCACACAUGGACAUUCAGGGUGUGCUUAGAACAAGCUUUAAUGGACUGGAUCCUUUACAGAAGGAUAUAUUUCUAGAUAUUGCAUGCUUCUUUAGAGGAGUGGACAAAGGAUAUGUAACAAAAGUGCUGGAAAGUUGUGGUUUUUACCCCCAUAGUGGAUUACGAGUACUACUUGAUAGAGCUUUCAUAACAAUCUCAGAUGACAAUAGGCUUGAAAUGCAUGAUCUAGUACAAGAAAUAGGCUGGGAAAUUGUUCGACGACAAUCAGUUAAAGAUCCUGGGAAGCGCAGUAGGUUGUGGAGUCAUGAAGAUGUUGAUUAUGUGUUCACUCAAAAUAUGGCUACAGAUGCAGUUGAGGGCAUAAUGCUCGACUUUUUGAGGUCAAAACAGGUAUACUUAACUUCUGAAGCUUUUGUUAAAAUGAAGAGGCUGAGACUGCUUAAGAUCAUCAGCGAUAACCAUUCACGUGAGGUUUUAUGUCAUCCAAGUGAUGGCUGUCAACAACAUCUGAUCGGGGACUUCAAGUUCCUUUCUAGUGAGUUGAGGAUUCUCCAUUGGCAUGGAUUCCCCUUAAAGUCUUUGCCAUCCAAAUUUCACCCGGAGAAUCUUAUUGAACUUGACAUGCGUUCUAGUCACAUUGAACAACUGUGGGAAGGAAUCAAGCCUCUGAAAAAGUUGACAGUUAUUAAUUUAAGUCACUCUCCAUACCUUAAGAGACUCCCUGACUUCACUGAGGCGAUGAAUAUGAAGAAAUUAAUUCUUGAUGGUUGUUUAAGUUUAUUGGAGGUUCAUCCAUCCAUUUCAGCACUUAAGAACCUUGUUAUCAUGAGUCUAAAAGGGUGCAAAGCAGUUAAGAGUCUUCCAGGUAGUAUUUUUAUGAAAUCUCUUAAGACCCUUGAUCUUUCUGGCUGCUCAAAUCUUGAGAUAUUUCCCGAGAUCUCAGGGAUAAUGGAGGACCUGUCGGAGCUUUAUCUGAAUGAGACUGCAAUUGAAGAAUUACCCUCAUCUAUUGAACAGCUUCAGGGGCUUGUGUUAUUGAAUAUGACAGACUGCAGAAGCCUUGUCUGUCUCCCAGACAAUAUCUGUAAUCUGGCACACCUUACAAACCUCACUCUCUCUGGGUGCUCAAAACUUUAUUGUUUGCCUGAGAACUUGGGGAGUUUAGGAUCCUUGACUAUCCUUGAAGUAGAAAGAAGUGGUAUAAAAGAACUCCCUUUCUCGAUCAUUCAGGUGAAUAAGCUUAAAAGAUUAUCAUGUGAUGGAUGUAAAGAAAUGAUGGCACCCCUUUCAUCAUGGUCAUCACCGAUCAAAGGAUUUUAUACUUACUCUGGUAUUCUGCAUCUUGAUUUAAGUGACUGCAAUCUGAUGGUGUUAUCAGAUGGUAUUGCUCAUUUGUCCUCAUUAAGAACCUUAGAGCUGCGCAGAAACAAUUUGGAGAGCUUACCUGCAGCAAUGAAUCAACUUCGUCGUUUAUCACAUCUUGAAUUAGAAGCGUGCAAGAGACUGAAAUCAAUACCUGAGCUUUCAUCAAGUAUUAGUUACAUAGAUGCACAUGAUUGCACAGCUUUGGAAACAGUUUCGGCACCAAAGCCUCGGUCUUCUACAAAUCUUUGCCUGACAUUUUCAAAUUGUCUCCAGCUGAUACAAACAAAUCUUUUUAGGGAUAUUGUGGAAACUCAUUCUCAUUAUCAGGGUAGUUAUUUGCGACCUCUUUCCUUUAGUAUGUCACUCCCUGGAAGUGAAAUUCCUCGUUGGUUCAAUCAUCAGUGUAAUGGAUUCUCAGUGAAUGUGCAGCUCCCGCAGAAUUGGUUUGAUGAUAAGUUUUUGGGAUUUGCUUUAUGCGUUGUUAGUAACUUCAAGGGUCCUCAUAAUGAUGCAUCCGAUCUAUCUGCUGUUUGUUAUUGUACUUUUAAAGGAAAUCAUGGUGAGUACAAGUUCAAUUUUCAUUUGCUUGAUUGGGAUUUCAGAACAAACAGAUUUCUCCAGUCGGAUCACAUGUUCCUGGGAUAUGUGCCGUGGUCUCAAUAUCGCUUCAGUAAAGAAGGAAAGCCGGUAAGUGAACGUUACUACACUGAAGCCACAUUCGAGAUCGCAGUAGAAAAUGGAGUUUAUACACAGGAUGAUAACAGGACAGUAAUACGACGGCAUUGCAUCACAAGCUGUGGAGUGCGUUUGUUUCAUGGUGAUUACAUGGAAGCUCAAAAUCUAAGCAUCACCCAGCCGAAUUCUCAUCAUGAUAGUUGUGAAAUCCUAUUAGACACUGGGAGGAAGAGAAAUAGAGCAAUAGCAGGGUUGACAUUGCAGUGGGACUUGCCUCCUGCAGAAGAGGUGUUCACUGAGCAAGAGCAAGAGCAAGAGCAAGAAGGAUCUUCACCAAGGGAAGGGUCCCUGGCAGUGGAAGGGGGGACCUCAGUGGGCAUUAGGUCCUCGGCCGGGGAAGGGGUUCUUUCUAUGCUUUCUUCAGUAGCAACUGUAGAAACUGGUGCCAAUGAACGUGAUUGUGCAACCAUCCCUAAUCAUUCUAACAGAAGAAGGCGCACUAAUUCGCGAAAUUCAGCAACUUGGAUCCGGGAUACAAGUCAACUUAUUGAUGAUGGCCAUGCUUGGAGAAAGUAUGGCCAGAAGGAGAUACUUGGAUCCAGAUAUCCCAGAAAUUAUUACAGAUGCACUUACCGAUUGGAUCAAGGCUGUAUGGCCACUAAGCAUGUGCAACGCAUUAGUGAUGAGCCAGUAACAUAUAGAACUACUUACAGAGGAAAUCACACAUGCAGACCUGUCUCCAGCAUACAGGACAUAGAAGAGUUCUUUUUGGCAUACUGAGUCCGGUCAGAUUGGUAAUUGGAUAGGAUGCUUCUUGCUGAGUCUGCAAAUUUUGUUUGGAAUUACUUGGAUAUGUAAUCUAAUGAUAUUCGCUCUUGUUAUCAUGAUUAUGUCUAAAGGAAGUGGUAUGUAUUUUGGGGUAAUACCUGUAAACGUGUUUUUCGCUGCUGGUUUUCAACUUUGA